AACUUAAAAAAAAAAAACACUUUUUGAACGCACUUCUGUAGUACUAGUUCACACCGUACAGUUGCAAACUUGCAUGAUUAGAGCUUUUUAACAAAGUGUAACCGUCUUGAAAUUUGACAAACAGAUAGAGAGCAAUGUGUUCAUCCCCUUCACCGGACAUAUUCGUCCCAAAUCAAUGGUCUCAGGCUGCAAACUGCAUUGCAUCCAGUUCAACGCCUCCUAUCACACUCAUAUGUGGAGCUAAAAACUGUGGAAAAUCAACCUUCGCCCGUUAUCUCCUUAAUAUCCUAUUGACCCGAUGUGAUAGAGCUGCUUUUCUCGACACUGAUGUUGGCCAACCGGAGUUUACUCCUCCUGGUUUUGUUUCUCUAACCGUUGUUCAUGAACUCACUCCAGAUUUGACGAUUCCAUGCCUGAAAACACCUGAGAGAUCCCUUUUCUUUGGCGAUGUUUCUUCUAAGAGAGAUCCUUCAGCAUACUUAAAUUACAUACGUUCUAUUUAUGAUUAUUAUCAAAAGGAGUAUCGCAUCUUUGAUAAGGGAGAAAAAUGUUAUAAGAUUCUGAUGCCUCUUGUAGUGAACACUCCUGGCUGGGUUAAAGGUGUUGGUUAUGACGUAUUAGUGGACAUGUUAAAAUAUAUUUGUCCCACCCAUAUAGUUAAGAUAGGCAUAUCCACUGAAAAUAAGAAUUUACCUGCUGGAAAAUUCUGGUUAGAUGGGAAAUAUGAUAGAACGAUUAAAUUGCUCGAGAUAAAUUCAGCUCGUCAGGACUCAUUAGAUAGAUCGGUGCUUGUUCAGAAGGAUGCCCGUCUCAUGCGUGAUUUACGAAUAAUGGCUUAUUUCAGACAGUGCUUUCCUAGUGGUUCAGAUAUUUCAACGAUCAAGAAACUUGCUCAUUCCUUGACCUUUCACUGUCCUUAUCAAGUUCCUAUUGCAAGCAUAAAGAUUCGACAUGUACAUCGUGAGGUCCCAAGCUCUGAAAUAUUCUAUAGCCUGAAUGCGAGUAUUGUUGGCUUAGCAGUUGAAUCUGAAAAUUUACCCUGGUGCCUUGGUCUUGGCAUUGUGAGGGCCAUUGACACAGUCAAAGGCAUGCUCUAUGUGAUUACACCUCUGCAAUUUGGUUCUCUGAAAAAAGUCAAUCUCUUGCUACAGGGUUAUAUCCAAAGUCCUUCUUGUUUAUUGCAGGUCCAAGGAUGCAUAUCACCUUACAUGUCAACGAAUGUAUUAACUACAAGCUAGUUGUUUUUCACGCGUCUAGCAAAGAGAACACCAUUUUAUACUAACAUGCCAAAACAGGGUAGUAGCCCAUGGAUUAUAAUUUAUAUAAGCAUAAUAGUGUUCUUUUUUCCUUUUUAUGAUUAUGCAAAUUUGGCUCACUAAAUUGUUACGGGUUUUACAAAUUGAUUUGACUAGUCUCCUAACAAUAUAGAUCAAAUGCAAUUUACAAGCUCUCAA